UCUUCCUCUCUCCCUGACUCUCUGGACUGCGAUUUCAGCCACAACUAGAAAAAAACAGGAAAAGCUGCUAUUCACUGGGAUAUCAGUUCCUGCAGGAUGUGAUACAAUCUGAUGACUCAGCGAAAUACCAUGUGUUGCUAGAAUCACUUUCUUGGAGUGUUUCCCGUUAUGCUUUUUUUCUCUUUCUGCUGUUUCCCCGGCUUCCUGCCUUGAACGACAGUCACCAUGAUUUCGGAGAAUGCUAAACUGCAGAGAUGUUUGCAAAACCGCCGCUCGACUAUCAACUGUCUGUCGAAGGGUGUAGAGGACAACAAAACAUUUCCAUUUUCUCAGGAGAAAACAGUCAAAGCAUGGACAUCUCUGGAUGAUCUGGACAGUAAAGGCAGCAAAGCAGAGGAGAGACCCAAAGAGAAACAGAGCAUUAGUGUUAAUGUUGGGGGGAAAGUAUUUCAUAUCCCCAAACAGUGUGCCGUUAAAUAUCCUCACACCCGGAUAGGCUCGCUGGCCCUCUGCAGGGACCGAGCAAAACUCCUCAAGCUGUGCGACGACUACUCCAUACGCAAGAACGAGUUCUUCUUUGACCGUGACCCUGCCUUCUUUCACCACAUCUGCCAUUUCUACACAAGUGGAGUGUUGUGGGUCAUACGGGAAAUGUGCCCCAUCCACUUCGAGGAGGAGAUCGCAUACUGGGGCCUGAGCCUAAAGGACACCCAGCGCUGCUGCUGGAUGAUGUUCGAGGAGAAGUUGGACGAGGUGAAGGACUACCUAAAGGUGGAGAGGGAGCUGAUGGCUGAGAUAGAGGUAAAGUAUGACAACGAGUGUUUCAAGGACAUGAUCUUUGGGAAUAUGCGGAGGACUCUGUGGGACAUCGUGGAGAAUCCGUACUCUUCAACUCUGGCGAAAGCUUUCUCCGUGCUCUCCAACCUUUUUGUGCUCUUCUCCAUCGUCGCAAUGAGUCUCAACACCGUCGAAGAACUUAAAACGUAUAAAAUCAACGGCAAAACGCACAUGGAGUGGGUGGAGAUCAUCACCAUUGUGUUCUUCACCUUUGAAUAUUUAAUUCGCCUCGUCACUACUCCUAACAUCACAAUGUUUUUGAAGAGUGGACUCAACUUUGUGGACAUGGUGGCGGUCAUGCCUUAUUUCAUCCAGAUCAUCUUUUCAGUCUUGGCUGACGCUGAGGACGCAAAUGCACAGGAAGACCUCAAGGCCAUUUCCCAGGUCAGCAAGCUCAGCCACGUCCUCAAAGUCCUCAAGCUGCUGCGGAUCUUUCGGAUUUUGAAGCUGGCUCGACACUCCACCGGCAUGAGAGCGUUUGGGUUCACCCUGCGGCAGUGUUACCAGCAGGCCUCUUGCAUUCUCCUCUUCAUUGCCAUGGGAAUCUUCACUUUCUCUGCUCUCCUUCACUCGGCCGAGAGGGAAACCGAGGGAUCUCCUAUCAGCAGUAUCCCAUAUGCCUGGUGGUGGGCUGCAGUCAGCAUCUCCACUGUGGGCUACGGGGAUGUGGUUCCUGUAACUAUUGUCGGCCGCAUUGUGGCCUUUGGCUGCAUCUCAUUUGGUAUCAUCCUCAACGGCAUGCCAAUCUCUUUCCUCUUCAACAAGUUCUCUGAUUACUAUGCUAAGCUAAAAGCAGAGGAGUACAACACUAAGUCAGUGGAGCGGCGCUUUCAGCUUAAGAGGCGCCUCCGACGCAGAAUGAACAUGUGUUUUCAUCACUCGGAGGAAGACAAUAGUACAGACAGCCACUGUGAUUGCCCACACUGAGUGAAACUUCAAAUGAUUAUUUACAGUAUGUGGGGGUGUUAAGGGGAAACAUGUUGCUUUGUAAACAUGAAAUUAACAUGUGUGACAAUGUGUUAGGUACAGAUAAAAUGAUCUCACAGUAAAUGAAACUACAAAGAGGAUGUGGGUAAGCAGGAGAGGAAGAAGAAAUGAAGCAUAAGUUUGCAAAGUUUGCAUAGUUGCAGUUGCAGCCUUUCAUUCCUUUGCAUUGACCACAGGUAUGACUUCAAUAAUCAGACAAGUUUCUAUUCAACUUGUACAACAACUUGUUAUGGUGUGAUUAAAAGAAGGUUGAGUGUCAGUAAUAGGGCUUCAAAUACACAAUGACGUUGCACAAAAAGUUGCAUCCACACUGAGUCUUAACUCGACUUGAACUUGAAACGUGCAAACUGUAAACGACGAGUGCCUGUUAAUGAAUAAACUCUUCACCGAAGUGAAUGUUUCAAGUGUUUAAAUGUCAAAACUGUAAACAGCUGUGUAUGGUGUAACAGGUGAUAAAUAUACACUCAUGUUUCCUAUCAAUGUCAUGUAUGUUGAGCGAUCACUCUCUGUCGUAUGAACAAUUAAAGCAGACUAUUGACUUGAUGGACUGUAAACACAA